AGUUCGUCCCCUUCUUUUUAUCGGAAUUCUAUUUCUGUUUUUUUCUUUCUCCAAUUCUAUCUCCUCUUCCCUUUCUCAAAACACAUAGAGCUUAUUACCUCUUGUGCUUAUCCAUUCAACAAAUGCAGAAAGAAAAAUCUUCCACCGAUGAUGGCUUCAGUCCUUCUGCUUCACCACCAUCGCAAUAUGAAGGCUUCGGUUUCAGUUCUUUCUGUUCCUCUUCAUUCCCUACGAAAACAUCUCUCUCGAACUCCGACUCACUAAGCCUCUCUGGUUGCUCCUGCGACGAAGAUAGAAACGAAAUAGCCACAGAGAGUCAACUCUACCUAGCUCGUCUCACCUUAGAAUACGACCAACUGGUCGAUCGGUACCGUUUAUGCUAUAAUCAUCUUCAGGAAGUUCUCAAAGAGAAGGAAGCUCUUCGGCAAGAGAAGGCAGAAUUUCAAAUGGCGAAUAUUGAAUUGACCGAUCGAUUGAGUCUCUUAACUCAAGCUUUCCUUCGGAACCGUUUCAUCCCGUCUAGUUAUCCUUCUCCAUCGAUCAUUAACGAUUUCCAUCGUCUGUGUCUUGGAGAUAAGGUACUGGCUAGUCGCGUUUCGGCUGAUCCUCUGGAUGCGAGUCCAACAAGUGUAAUAGGAAAUUAUCCAUUCGAGAAGAGGAGCUUGGAGCGGGUUUCUUUACCGAAGAGCAUUUCAGUUCGUUCCAAUGGGUACUUGAAGAUGAAUCAAACCCAUGGAAGCGAUGGAACUUCAAGUGGCACCAGCCGACUCCGAGUUGCUAGUCCCGUCGCUAAUGGAACGCAUGUGCCGGUGACUUGCGGAAAGAAAGAAGAGGAAGCCGUGGAGUUGGAGGUGUUCAAUCAAGGAAUGUUCAAGACGGAGUUGUGCAACAAGUGGCAAGAGACUGGUACGUGUCCUUACGGAGACCAUUGUCAGUUUGCACACGGCGUCUCUGAGCUUCGCCCUGUUAUUCGCCACCCUCGCUAUAAGACGGAGGUUUGCCGGAUGGUUCUCGCCGGAGAUAAAUGUUCGUAUGGCCACCGCUGCCACUUCCGCCACGCGCUUACAGAGGAGGAGAGAUUUGUGGGCUCUGCUUUAAAACCUUAAUGAAUAAGUAUGAGAGUAAGUGUAAGUAGUUGAUCAUUGAUGAAAUAUCUUGAUUCGGGAUGAUCUUGCGCUGGAAGGACAUGGACAGUGACUUCAGCUAAAGAGGGACUCCAUUUUUUUGUAUUAAUUAAUUACAUGUUAUAAGUAAUCAAUAAUUCAUUUAUUUUCUUC